GAAGACGAGACUCGUCAACACCCGUACGAUGUGGAACGUUGGCUUGUGUAUCUCGACGCUGUCGACGAUUGGAUGGUCACCGAUCAGCAGUCCCCGUCGUUCCGGCGUCUCGUGGGCCAAUGGAUUGGGCAACGCGCACUCUGCCGGUUGCCCCGGAGUUACAAACUCUGGAAACGGCACUGGGAGUUUCUCGUCGAUACUCUUUCUUUACUAGACGACGACGACAGUAACGACAACGACGACAACAACAACAACACUACGUCCGUCGUGGUAGCCUUUGAACGGGCGCUCGUCACCUUGUCGGCCUACCCCCGGGUAUGGGUUGCCUACAUCGACUUUUUGCGGACCCAUCCGGGAUGUUGUUCCGUUACCCACGUGCGUCGGACCGUCAAUCGCGCGCUACAGACGGUCGCAAUCGCCCAACACGAGAAAGUCUGGCCCGGGAUCGUGGAAUGGUUCGGAACCGAACCGCACGACGACACCACGCCGACGCCCCGCUGGACCCUGCCUUUGGAAACACGCGUACGCAUCCUACAACGUUACGUUACCUUCCAACCCCGCUACGGACGAGACUUGUGCGAUUUCCUCGGACGACACGGAUUGUGGGGACAAGCUGCCGUGGCCUUUCAACGCUUGUGGAACGCCAAUCCGGCAAGUACACGGAGUGUGGAAUUGUUGGCUACCGAUAGUGGUAGUAGCAGUGCGGCUGCCGUCACGACACACACUGCCACCACUGCUAGGAACGACAGGUCCACGAUACGACCCGACCUGGACGAUACGGCCUGGGCCGACUUUUGUCCCCUCGUUUGGACCAGUCUGGCCGACGCAUGGAUUCGACAAGGCCUCUUCGAUCUGGCACGGUCCGUCUACGAAGAAGGCUUGCAGAAGGUACACACGAUACGAGAUUUUUCCAUCCUCUAUAACGCCUACCUUACCUUGGAAGAAGGCUUAUUGGAAGCGGCCGUCGCCACUCAUUUGACGUCCCGACGACCGCUCUUGCUCAACGCGGUUCUCUUACGACAAAAUCCGCACCACGUGGGGGAGUGGCUGGAACGCGCCAAACUCUACCAGUCGGUAAAUCAACCCGGACAAGCCACGGCCACGCUCGAAGAAGCCUUGCGCACGGUCGUGGCCAACAAGGCCGUUCACGGCCGUCCGUCGGAACUCGUGGCCGCCCUCUCCAAUCUGUACGAGACGGUCCGCAACGACGCGGCCGCGGCUCGGUCUAUGCUGGAACGUAUUUGUGUCCAUCACGGCUAUGCCUUUGCCAAAACGGAUGAUCUAGCCGAAUGCUGGGCCACGUGGGUAGAACUGGAACUGAAACAAGAAGCUUGGGACGACGCCUUGUUGUUGGCCCGACAGGCCGUCGCUGUCGGAUCCGGUACGCGGAAACUCCAUCUGACACAGUCACUACGGCUCUGGGAUCUCUUGUUGGAUUUGGAGGAGAGUUUGGGGACAACGCAGACUACCAAGGACGCCUACAACCGUGCCUUGGAAAUCAAGGCGGCCACCGUCCAACACGUAUUGAAUUACGGUACGUUUUUGACGGAACAAAAAUAUUUCGAAGAAUCUUUUACGGCCUACGAACGCGGUAUUGAGCUCUUUGCCUUUCCACACGCCGGGGCCAAACUCUUGUGGAAAGCCUAUCUCGAAGCUUUUUUGGACCGGUACCAGGGCACCAAAGUAGAGCGAGCACGAGAUUUGUUCCAACGCUGUCUGGAGGCGUGCCCGGCCGAGGACGCUGCCGACUUUUACAUGAUGAACGGAGAGUUUGAAGAAACCUACGGUCUGACACGGAGAGCGCUUUCGGUGUAUCGUGCCAUGUGCCACAGGGUGCCGAAGGAAGAGCGGCUGGUUGCGUACCAACUGUACGUUGCCAAAACCAUCCGGUACCUGGGUGUGACCGCCACGCGUGAUAUCUAUCAGGAAGCGAUCGAAAAUUUGGCCGACAAGGAUUCGUCAAAACUUUGCGUCGAAUUCGCGAAAAUGGAAACGGGACUGGAACAACUGGACCGCGCCCGGGCAAUCUUUACGUACGGGGCACAAAUGGCCGAUCCGAGACGCUUGCCAGAAUACUGGAAGACGUGGAACGAGUUCGAGAUUGCCCACGGAAACGAAGAAACGUUUCGCGAAAUGUUACGAGUGAAGCGGUCCGUGGAAGCCGCAUUCUCCACG